GUGACAAAAAUAUUCAUCGCUUACGUCACGUGACAUGAACAGUACUUCAGCCGAAUAAUGUCAACUUGAGAUUUCUCCUCUCUGACAGGUCUGAUUGCAGGGCUGUAACAGGAGAUCCAGAGGGAAUGGAUGGAUUUACUGUGAAGGUUUCCGAGGCGGUGUGUCUUGGGGCCAGCUUUGCCUUCUCAGGCAUCUGCUACUAUCUGUACAGGAAGAGUCGGACGACAGCAGAUACACUUAAUGAUGCUCCACACUUCAAUAUAGAUGGAAAACUCAAAGACGUUUUGAAAGUAACUCCAGGAGUGUGUCUACAGUAUGCUGUCAUUGAAGGUGCUGUGCAACCAGUAGGGGAGUCUCUGAACAGUCACUUCCAAAAAGAAACUGUCGGAGUGUUGCAGAAAUUCAGUUUGAGGGAACACAGGCUGGUGUGGAACGGCCUUUCACGCACUUGGACGGACAGUGAGCGACUCUUGCAUCAAAGAGUGAAUUCAGUGCCCUUUGUGUUAGUGGGAUCAGAUGAGACUGCAAUCAAAGUCAUGUGCCCUCUGCAGGCCUCUGGAGUGCAGAUGGAAAUCACCCAUGAGAAGUUCCACCAGGUUAAUUAUGGCUUGGGCGACAUCGUAGGACAAUUCCUCAGCGGGGAGAAGCUUAAAGGGCAACUGGAGACCGAGGAAAUGCUCAAAGUGGGUACAGUUCUCACAGGUGUAGGUGAGCUGGUGCUGGACACAGACGGCACCCUGAAACUUCAACCCCCUUCUAAUGGAUCAAAGUACUUCUUGAGCAUCACAGACUUUGACACCCUGCGAGGAGAGCUGGAGAGCACAGCUGUGACGUGGAAGGUACUGGCUGUUGUCUUGUCUUUAGCAGGAGCAGCGGCUCUCCUCUGGGUCGGUCGACGGUACUACAAACACCGAAAACUUCACUGGCAGCGGGAGCAAGAGAGGAGAGAAUUUGAGAGACGGCAGGCCGAAGCCCCGAGAACACGUAAUGCAGCAGGGGGCCUCGAGGACCCUCUGGAUGAGGAUGAGGAACACAUAGAGAAUGCCUGUUUGAUUUGCCUCAGUCAGCCACGUAACUGUAUUCUGUUGGACUGUGGACAUGUAUGCUGCUGCCACAGCUGCUACCAGGCCCUUCCACAACGCCUGUGCCCCAUAUGCAGACAGCCCAUCAACAGAGUAUUGCCUCUCUACAUCGCCUGAAGCACCUGUAUGAACAUAUGACCUCAGUGGAGCUUAACCACCAUACAAACUGUUCCAGCUUUACACCUUAAAGGUCUGAGGGCAAAGAUGACUUUUUUCUUUGAGGAACAUACUGUACUGUACUUAUUGACAAAAUGUGAAAUAUUAAAAUACUGUGUAAACCCUUUGUUCACUGAGUACUUUUAUAUGGGAAAAUGACAAAUUUUAUAACAAAAAAAAAAAAACAAAGUAAUUGGAAAGAAGGGGUGUAAAUUUAUGCAAUAGAGAUGUUUAUUUUCCUACAUGUUUAUUCUGUGCCUUACUCUGUUAAUUUAUAUGAGUGCUGCUAUCCCACAGUGAUUAUAUAGUGUAUCCGAAUAACUUAAGUCUGGUCAUAAGGAACUUGUUUCAGCUAGUUUCAGUUACAUAUUUGAGUCACUGGAAGUUAUUGAAAUAAAGACACUUUCAGUGGCAAGAUAUUUAGAGGGAAACCCAGCUGCUUUAGUGUUAAGGCACAUUAUAGACAGGUGAGACUGUGUAGAAUGAUGGUUUGUUCAAUUCAUUCAAUAAAAUAUCAGUCAUUAAA